UUCCAUAAUCUACAGUCGUUGUCAGAGGUCUAUUUACCAACUCUCAAAAAUUACUCGGUGCUAGAUGACGCAGAAAUAUCUGCUAUCCAGGCAAGAAGCCAGACUUCUACACAUCAAUGUUCAUGGCUGCUGCUUAAUAUGUUGCACGAGUUAGUGCUCUGAACGCCUCUAUUUCUAGGAGCGCGCCAUCUUGAGUCGCGUCGCGCUCGAUCUAGAAUCCUCUCUGCUCGCGGUGCUUGGGCUUGGCACGUCUUGGCUUGCACGACAGAGACCUGCAACGGAAUAUCUCUUUCUGAUCAGCCCAUGCUUUUAGGGCUAUCUGCAUGACGUAGAGCUCCCAAUGGGCGCCGAGUCUGCAGCGUAUAAAACUGUGAAGGUCGACACUGAAGUUAUCAAAAACAUUUUCCGACUUGCCUGGUCUCGCAGUCUACUCACUUCACUCAUUGUCUUGCACUUUCCUUGAUAAAUCUCUCUCGUUCCGCUACUACCAUGAUCUUUUCCACCACCGUCUUUCUUUCUUUGUUGGCUGUCGCCAGUGCCAGGCCCAAGCCCCGCGCAGCAAGCUGUACUUUCCCCGAGCCCGCUACAAGUACUAGUCUUUCUGAACCUAUGACAAUUGCGGCGGGUGACUCUUUUGAUGGUGAUAAUGUCAGAUAUGACCGAGGGACCGAGUGUGGUGGUCAAUCCGAAGGUGGUGACAGCGACGCCGUUUUUCUUCUUGAAGAAGGUGCAACCCUCUCGAACGUCGUCAUUGGUUCAGACCAAGGGGAAGGAAUCCACUGCUUGGGCUCCUGCACUCUGACUAACGUUUGGUUCGAGGCUGUUUGUGAAGAUGCUAUUACCAUCAAGCAGGAAUCCGGAACUUCUUACAUUAAUGGCGGUGGAGCGAAAGGUGCCGAUGACAAAGUAAUUCAGCACAAUGGAGGUGGAACUGUGUCCAUUGAUAGUUUCUGUGUGCAAGAUUUCGGCAAAUUGUACCGAAGCUGCGGCAACUGCGAUGACAUGUACGAAAGGCAUGUUGUUCUGUCCAACAUUAUUGCAGAAUCCGGGUCAGUUCUGGCAGGCAUCAACUCCAACUACGGUGAUACCGCGACUUUCGACACCGACUCCAUUGAUGCUAGUGAUGUGGACAGUUGGUGCAACACCUACGAGGGAAACGACACUGGUGACGAACCCGAAGAACUCACAGAGAACGAGGCCAACGACUACUGCGUGUUCUGAUUGGGUCCUGACGCCUGGGUGGACGCUUGAAUCGCUUUCGUACCGUUCCUGUACUUCAGGUUGCCCGGUGCAGCCUGUUCAA